GCAGUCCAGCGCCGUAAUUCCCCACCGAGCCAUUCACCAGUAAGCAGCUACAGCCGGGGAUCUAGUUUAACCUCAGCACCAGCCCUCAGACCCCCGGGGACGGUUUCCAGCUGCAGCCAGAAGUGCGCUAGUGUUAACCUGUGUGUGUGUCAGACAAGGACACACAGCAACAAAAAAAAAAAAAAAAGGAAAAAGGGAAAAAGGGACGUGACGAAAAGAUGUCGAAAGACACGGAAGGGAAGAGCGAGAAGAUUAUGGACAUGGAGAGCAAGGUGCUGUGGUACCCGGACUCCAAGAGGAACACACAGAUGGACACGCUGAGGAUACAGGUCAACAGGGACUACGGCCUUAAUCUGGUCAACUACAAUGAGCUGUACCAGUGGUCGACGGACAGUUAUUCAGAUUUCUGGGGAGAAGUGUGGCGCUUCUGUGGCGUAGUCAGCUCCAAGCCAUAUGAGGAGGUGGUGGAUUUAUCGAAACGGAUCUCUGAUGUUCCAGAGUGGUUUAAAGGAGCGCGGCUGAACUACGCUGAGAACUUGCUCAAACAUGCAGACCAGGACAAAGUAGCUCUGUAUGCUGCAACGGAGGCAAACGAUGAGAUUGUGAAGGUGACGUUUGGGGAGCUGAGGCGUGACGUGGCUUUGUUUGCUGCAGCCAUGAGGAAGAUGGGCGUCCAGACUGGAGACAGGGUCGUAGGCUACCUGCCCAACGGUAUCCAUGCAGUGGAGGCCAUGUUGGCAGCAGCCAGCAUUGGAGCCAUUUGGAGCUCCACAUCGGUCGACUUUGGGGUCAACGGUGUCCUCGACAGGUUUUCUCAAAUCCAGCCCAAGCUGAUCUUCUCUGUUGCUGCUGUGGUUUACAACGGAAAAACACAUGACCACAUGGAGAAGCUAAUCAGUGUUGUCAAAGGUCUGCCUGACCUUAAGAGAGUGGUUGUGAUUCCCUACGCUCGCUCCAAACAAGAGACCGACCUCUCCAAGAUACCCAACAGUGUAUUUAUAGAUGAUUUCUUGGCAUCUGGCCGUGGCGAGGCUGACCAGUUCCCUCAGCUGGAGUUUGAGCAGCUUCCGUUCAAUCAUCCUCUGUUCAUCAUGUACUCCUCUGGCACCACAGGAGCACCGAAAUGCAUGGUCCACUCUGCUGGGGGCACGCUCAUCCAGCACUUGAAAGAACACAUCCUCCAUGGCAAUAUGACCAGCAGUGAUGUCAUCAUUUACUACACCACGACCGGCUGGAUGAUGUGGAACUGGCUGGUGUCUGCUCUGGCAGUGGGAGCCUCUGUGGUUUUAUAUGACGGUUCACCACUAAUGCCCACACCCAAUGUACUAUGGAACCUGACAGACCAGCUGGGCAUCACUAUCUUUGGUACCGGGGCCAAGUGGCUGUCCGUGCUGCAGGAGAGGAACCUGAAACCCGCGGAAUCGCACAACCUCCAGUCUCUCCACACCAUCCUGUCUACUGGAUCUCCUCUCAAACCUCAGAGCUACGACUACGUCUACCGCUGCAUCAAGAGCAACGUGCUGCUGGGCUCCAUCUCAGGCGGCACUGACAUAGUGUCCUGUUUCAUGGGUCAGAACCCAACAGUUCCAGUGUAUCGGGGUGAGAUCCAAACAAGAAACCUCGGCAUUGCUGUGGAAGCCUGGAACCUUGAAGGUAAGCCCGUAUGGGGAGAGAGCGGGGAGCUUGUCUGCUUGAAACCGAUCCCCUGUCAGCCAACACACUUCUGGAACGACGAGAACGGCAGCAAAUACCACAAAGCGUACUUUUCUGCAUAUCCCGGCGUGUGGGCUCACGGAGAUUACUGCAAAAUCAACCCAAAGACAGGAGGAGUUGUCAUGCUGGGCAGAAGUGACGGCACAUUGAACCCCAACGGAGUCCGGUUUGGCAGCUCAGAGCUCUACAACAUUGUGGAGGCGUUCGAGGAAGUGACGGACAGCCUUUGCGUUCCUCAGUACAAUGCCGACGGAGAAGAGCGAGUUAUUCUCUUCUUAAAGAUGGCACCUGGUAAGCCCUUCUGUCCGGAGUUGGUGGCGAAGAUAAAAGGAGCCAUUAGAAAAGCUCUCUCCGCCCGGCACAUCCCCGCUCUGCUGCUGGAGACCAGAGACAUUCCAUACACCAUCAGCGGCAAGAAGGUGGAGGUGGCUGUGAAGCAGGUGGUUGCUGGACGGGAGGUGGCGCAAAGAGGAGCUUUCUCCAACCCCGAUUCACUGGACCUCUACAAGAACAUUCCUGAACUGCAAAACUAUUAGAGAUGAGGCUCCGCUGAGCUGGAGAGAGGAUCUGCAAAGAGAGAACCAACUGACAAGAAUUCAGCGUAGUUUUUAAUUUAACUUAAUUCAAAUUAACAGGGGACAGGGAGAGAUGCACUGGGAUAGUUUACAGAGGCACCUUGUGGCUUAAAAGCCUACGUUAAAGUAAAACAAUGGUACAAAUAUUAUGUUUAAAAAAUAAUAAUAGGUCUAUGGUAUCAGGCAGACGAGAGCCGUACUGCUCCAUUGGCUAGCUUUCAAUCAAGCGAUCAAGCAGCUGCUCGUAGUCUGCCAUGUUGUUCAAGUCAUUUGUGGGAUGCUCCAUUCUGCUCUGGAUAUGAUAUGAUGUUCACAGCACCAACUGUUAAUAAGUUCAUGCUCUGAAGCCACCCCAUAAUAGAGAAGUGUAAUUUAUCGCCGCUUUGCUUUGGCUUCACAUUGUGAUUGCUAUGAGCCAGUGAGGAACCAUAUCUCUCUGUGUGUGUGUGUGUGUGUGUGUGUGUGUGUGUGUGUCACCUGCUUUAAUCACAGUGUUGGUUCUGAGUGGGUCCCAGACUGAUAAAAAAACCAAAACCACACACAAACACCUGGGAUUAACAUCUCAGCUUCAGCUCAUAUCACCAUAUCAUUGUUACGUGGUGCAUAUUGCUUCAUCAAAUGUAUGUAUAUAUGAAUAUAUAUAUAUUUUGGACUGUGAAAUGAUGAUAACAUAAUAAUUAUGAAUUUGAGUAGAGUGACCCAAACCUGUUAAACAAAGUGAGUCUCAGAUUAAGAGGUAAGUCGUAACACGUCAGGAGAUGUGGUUUGAAUAAAUAAAAUGGAGGUUUUCAAGAUAAAACUAAACUUACUGAACUUUUCCCAACCUCAAAAGGUUAUUGACCUGUUGGAUAUUACACGUUUUUCAAAUCCUAUCAAUGUUUUGACUUUGUAACAAUUGACUCUGUUUCAUUCCGCCCAAGCCAUUAAGGCAUGUGUUAAUGAAGCUCUCUACAGCUGAACGUUUGAAGUCACAUUGGGCCUCAUUUGUCAAGGUCAAGCCAGCCAAGGUCAAGUGUGCGAUCGGAAUGUGAGCAAAGGUUUAUUUCACCACAAAAGCCUAUAUUUAUUAAAUCCGUACCUAUGUUCCAUGUCUGUCAUAACUAAGAAAAAAAUGUUUCCUAAUAACUACGGUACAGCCUGUUUUUGGUUUGUAUCGGAAAGCUAAAUAAUUUAUAUAAAAAUGUCCUAAAGCUGUGUGGCAAAAGCCUAAAAGGUGAAUUCAUGCUAUUAAAGAUGAACUGCAGUGCUUUUGGUCACUAGUAGCACGGAAAAUCACUUGGGUUUCAUUUCCUGUUUGGACCAUUUGAUCUUUGAAGGAAAAUGAAGCUGGAGGAAGCAUUUUAUACUGAUACAGGGGUAACAUAUUUUUAACUGGACUGUUUUUUUCUUAUUUGAUUUUUUAUUCAGUCUUGUUGCCAGAUUAUUUGAAACAUUUACAGAUACGAAUGUAAAAAAACAAACUGGAAAAGUCUGCAGUUCAUCUCUAAUGUCAUGCCCACAGAUUGAAUUAAUGUCUUCUGUAAAAGGUACCCUGUGGCCUUUUUGAUGAUUGGGUCCCCAUUAAGUUUGAGACUUUUGCAUGAGUUGGCAGGCGACAAGAUAUAUAUUUCUCCAAUGAUGCCACACUAUUCCACUGAUUAACAGGUGGCAAUAAUGUAAAUCAGCUUUUCUAAUGCUGAGAUUUUUUUAUAGGCCUCAAGGAUGCAGAUACAAUUGAUUUUGGGCAAAAAUAAUGUAAAGAAAACAUAGGAAAUUCCACAGGGUACCUUUUUAAAAUCCCAAAGAUGCAUAGGCUCUUUCUUAUAGGGACAGGGAUCAUACUGUCCACUCUGCACUUUAGUACUGUCUCUACUGUAUCUGGUCAUUAUGAAAUCUGGGUAAAAUGGCAGAUUUACUGUUUUGUUCUGUAGCAUUCAUGCAGGUUUACCGGUUUUUCAUCAAAUGCUUCUGUCAGUCUGCAAAAAAUAGUCCUGGGUGUGUCACAUGUAAAUAAGUUAAUUGUAUGUGUUUCUUUCAUUACUGCCUUUAGAGAAUCAAUGUAAUUUUUACUUAUAUUGGUGUUGCGAUAAAGUUGAUUGAAUCCGAUGUGACGCGUGUCUUUCUACAGUCGCUUUGCUCUUUUCUCACAACAUCAUGAGAAUGUUCAUUGUUUACAGGUCUAGUUCAUGUUGGAAGUUGACAGAGUCGUGAAUAGAUGUGAACUCCUCUCAUCUGCACGCCUUGGCUAUAUUCAGUCAGAGCUUUUCAGGGGAAUAUUUGCACAAGACACCACUGAAGUCGUGUAUCAAGGGAGGUUUUGUUGCGUGCAGGAAUGCAUCUCCUGGUUGACUUCUGUCAGCUACCCAAUAAAGUAAAAGCCAGUCUGGGAACAAAAGCUCAAACAAACAAUUUUCUGUUCCAAAACCUUCAGCCUUUAAUACGUGUUGCAGAUUAACACAGAGGAAGUGAAUCCCCACUGUUUUCUUAAGAUAAACUGGGAGACUCUUUAUUCCAUACUUCCUAGACGCAGAACACAUAUAAGGUGUACACCGGAGACAGAGGCAACUUUUU